UACACCCUAACCACAACUCUUUAAUUUCCACAUUCCAUAAUCCACAAGAUUAACCAAAAUCCUUAAGCCACAAAACUAACCAAAAUCCUAAAACUUAAAAAGAUUUCUUCUCUCUUUCUUCAACUCCAAAAUCAAAAUCUAUCAUACCCUUUUCUCCUAAGAUUCUCUCUUUCUCUAAUCCAACCAAUUUGCUUUUUCUUCAUCUCUCACAACCACAAAUGUUUCUAUCAAAACAUGGCCCAAAGUUCUUCAAAUUUAGAACCCCAAUUUCAUUCAUAUGUCAUAUCUAUAAUCUUUUCAAUUUCUAAACUACCCUUUUAAUCUCUUCAAAUUCUCUUCAACCACAAAUAUCUUCAACCAAAUUACUCUCAUAACCCUCUCAUCUCAAGUUUCUUUUUCUUGACUCAAAUGGUUCACAAAAAAUUCUACGAAAUUUCAUGUGGAUUUAUUGAAAUGGCUUGGAUUAUGCUAUGUGUUGACUACUCAAGACUCUUAUGGCAAUUAUUUGGUGUUUUUUCAUAUGAGAAUCAUGAGUGGAAGCCUCGGAUUAUCUAGCAUAUACUUUUACUUGAAUCAUACAAGAUAAGAUUACUUAAAUAUAAUUUCCAUUAAGUGCUUAUAUUUUUAAGUUAUAUAAGAUUAGUUUUUAGAGCCAUGUUUAAGGGAAGAAUUGGAGGUAAAGCUCAACUUGGAUAUGUUGAAACUGAUCCUUCCGGUCGAUAUGGACGUUUUAGGGAUGUCCUUGGCAAAGGAGCUAUGAAGGUAGUUUAUAAAGCAUUUGAUGAAAUCUUAGGACUUGAAGUGGCUUGGAACCAAAUCAAACUUGAUGAUGUUUUUCAAUCACCGGAUCAACUUCAACGCCUCUAUUCAGAAGUUCAUCUUCUAAAGAACUUGGAUCAUGAUUCUAUUAUUACCUUCCAUGGUACUUGGAUUGAUGUUGAUCGUAGAACCUUCAACUUCAUCACUGAAUUGUUCACCUCUGGAACCCUAAGAGAGUAUAGAAAGAAGUACCCUCGUGUAGAUAUCAGAGCAAUAAAGAAUUGGGCUCGUCAAAUUCUAAAUGGUUUGGUGUAUUUACAUAGCCAUGAUCCACCUGUAAUACAUAGAGACCUAAAGUGUGACAAUAUCUUUGUCAAUGGCCAUAUGGGAAAGGUCAAGAUUGGUGAUUUAGGCCUUGCAGCAAUUCUUCGUGGCUCCCAACAUGCACAUAGUGUCAUCGGUACACCUGAAUUCAUGGCACCAGAAUUGUAUGAAGAGGAAUACAAUGAGUUGGUAGACAUAUACUCAUUUGGCAUGUGCAUGAUUGAGUUGUUCACUUCAGAGUUUCCAUAUAGUGAAUGCACCAACCCUGCUCAAAUAUACAAAAAAGUUACCUCAGGGAAGCUACCAGAGGCAUAUUACAAGAUUCAAGAUAAAGAAGCCCAAGAGUUUGUUGGGAAGUGUUUGGCAAAUGUAUCAAAGAGAUUGUCAGCAAAAGAGCUUUUGUUGGACCCGUUUUUAGCCACAGCCCAACAUGAGUCACCUUUGAUUAGUCCAACUUCACCUCAAAAAAACAAUUUCAAUGCAAUAAUUGCCAAAGAGGAACUUUCAUUGAAUGAUCAAAGAAAGAACACAUUCAUGACAAUCACAGGAAGUAUGAAUGAAGAGGAUGAUACUGUUUUUCUUAAAGUCAAAAUUUCUAACAAAGAAGGGAACACAAGAAACAUAUACUUCCCAUUUGACACCAUAAAGGACACUGCAAUUGAAGUUGCAAAUGAAAUGGUGAAAGAACUAGAAAUUAGUGACUUGGAACCAUUAGAGAUUGCUGAGAUGAUUGAAGAAGAAAUUUCAACUAUAGUUCCAACAUGGAGGGAUUGUGACACUUCUAAGUAUGAAAAACAACAUAGUUUUAACUAUGGUGAAGAUGAUGAUAAUGAUCACCAUCCUUUCUUCUCGCCGCCUUCUCGAUCUUCGUCUCAUGGUUCUCUCCCUAUGUUUUGUGCUUCCUUCAACAACAAUGGAAGUCUUUGUGGGAAUCAUUAUUCUCUUGCUCAAGAUUGGUUACAAGAUGAUCAUCAAUUUAUGAAUGAUGAUGCAAGCUCACAAACCUCAAUAAACUCCAUCAAGUGUUUCAAUUUCCAUUGCGACGAUUCAUGCAAUGAAGACGAACACGAUUCAACUCUUCAAGUAGGAGAAGAAUCCUAUUGUUGCAAUCCAAAAAGUAACAACAAAUGGACAAGAUUUUGUCCUCCAAAAGAGAUGGUGGAAGCUGGUUUCACCAAAAUGUUUUGCAACAUGAGAAUGAAUUCUCACACUCAAACUCACAAUCAUAGGAAUCAUCAUGGAACAAGGAAUGGAUGUAAGAGACUAACAAGGAUUAAUUCAUGUGUUGAUGUGAGGAGACAACAAUCGCAAAGAUCUUUGAUGGAAGAGAUGCAAAAGAGAAGGGUGUUCAACACGGUUAAUGCUAUUGAGAAUGUUGGGUUUCAAAAUCCAGAAGGAGAUGGAUGUUUUUGUUGAUUUCAUGCUACAAGGGUUAAGAAUGUACUAUAUAGUUUUCUUAUUUUAUUACUUUUAGGGUGUUUUUGAAUUUAUUUUCUUGGAUUAUGUUGUGGAAUAAUUGUAAUAUAUUUUAACUUGUGAAUAUGUUAAAAGAUGUUUAAUUA